GACUGUGCAAGUGCUGGGCUGGCUACCGGCGCUCACAAUGCGAGUUUGCGCCCUCAGGGCGGGAGCGGGCGCGUUGCCAUGACAGCGGUCCCCGGGCCCGCCGCCCCCCGGCGCGCGCAGCCGCCCCGCGCCCGGGCCCCCCGCCCCUUCGCCGUGCGCACCCCCCCCCCCCUCCCAGCCGUGGGAAGGGGCCGGGCCUGCUGUCUGACGUCGGUGCGGGGCUCGGAAGAUGGCUGCGGAGCCGAUCACCGGGCAGUGGCUGCGGCGGCGGCGGCGGCGGGCGGGGAGCGCGGCGGGAGGGGGCUCCGCCUUGCGCGUGGGGCGCUGAGCUGAGCGGCUCGGAGGUGGCGAGAGCGAGCGGGGGCUUCACGGGGCCAUUCGGGGCCGCCUCUCCACCACCUUCCGCACCAUGGGCAGCGCGGAGGACGCAGCCAAAGAGAAACUGCUGUGGAACGUGAAAAAGGAGGUGAAGCAAAUCAUGGAGGAGGCUGUCACCAGGAAGUUUGUGCAUGAGGAUAGCAGCCACAUCAUUGCUUUGUGUGGUGCGGUGGAGGCUUGCCUCCUGUAUCAGCUGAGACGCCGUACCGCUGGCUUCCUGCGCAGUGACAAGAUGGCAGCUCUGUUUACCAAGGUGGGGAAGACAUGCCCCGUGGCUGGGGAGAUUUGUCACAAGGUUCAGGAGCUGCAGCAGCAAGUAGAAGGCAGGAAAUCCUCCGGAGGUGGCCAUGAGGCUCUGCGGAAACAGGGCUCAGCCAGUGGGAAGGCCCCAGCCCUCAGCCCACAGGCCUUGAAACACAUAUGGGUACGCACAGCACUCAUCGAGAAAGUUCUGGACAGGGUUGUGCAGUACCUGGUGGAAAACUGCAGCAAGUACUACGAGAAAGAAGCAUUACUGGCAGACCCUGUGUUUGGCCCAAUCCUGGCCUCUCUAUUAGUGGGCCCCUGUGCCUUGGAAUACACAAAGCUCAAGACAGCUGAUCAUUAUUGGACUGACCCCUCUGCUGAUGAGCUGGUCCAGAGACACCGUAUCCGAGGUCCCCCCAAUCGCCAGGAUUCUCCUGCAAAGCGCCCAGCCCUGGGGAUCCGGAAACGGCACUCUAGUGGCAGUGCGUCCGAGGACAGGCUAGCUGCCUGCGCUCGAGAGUAUGUGGAAUCCCUGCAUCAGAACUCAAGAACUCGGCUGCUCUAUGGCAAGAACAACGUGCUGGUUCAGCCGAAGGAGGACAUGGAGGCUGUCCCUGGAUAUCUCUCCCUGCACCAGUCUGCAGAGAGCUUAACUCUGAAAUGGACCCCCAACCAGCUCAUGAAUGGGACUUUGGGGGACUCUGAGCUGGAAAAGAGUGUUUACUGGGACUAUGCCCUGGUGGUACCCUUCAGUCAGAUUGUCUGCAUCCACUGCCAUCAGCACAAGAGUGGUGGCACGCUCGUGCUGGUGAGCCAGGAUGGCAUCCAGAGGCCGCCACUGCACUUCCCACAGGGAGGACACCUGCUGUCCUUCCUGUCCUGUCUGGAGAAUGGGCUGCUGCCUCGAGGACAGCUUGAGCCCCCGCUGUGGACCCAGCAGGGGAAGGGUAAGGUGUUCCCCAGGCUACGGAAACGCAGCAGCAUACGAUCUGUGGACGUGGAGGACUUGGGCAUGGGGCGGACCACAGACUACGUGUUCCGGAUCAUCUACCCUGGGCACAGACAUGAGCACAUCACUAUUAACUACCACCACCUAGCGGCCAGCCGCGCGGCCUCGGUGGACGAUGAUGAGGAAGAGGAGGAUAAACUACACGCGAUGCUCUCAAUGAUCUGCUCGCGGAACCUCACAGCUCCCAAUCCGAUGAAAGAUGCUGGCGACAUGAUCGAGAUGCAGGGUUUUGGGCCCGGUCUGACAGCCUGGCACCUGGAGCCCUUGUGUGGCCAGGGUUCUUCCUGCCUCUCCUGUUCCUCCAGCAGCUCCCCAUAUGCAACCCCCAGCCACUGCAGCUGUGUCCCCGACCGGUUGCCCCUCCGGCUACUGUGCGAGAGCAUGAAGAGACAGAUCGUGUCCCGGGCCUUCUAUGGCUGGCUAGCCUACUGCCGCCACCUGUCUACGGUGCGGACCCACUUGUCAGCGCUGGUGCAUCACAACAUCAUUCCACCUGACCGGCCUCCUGGGGCCUCUGGAGGCCUCACCAAGGAUGUGUGGAGCAAGUACCAGAAGGACAAAAAGAACUACAAGGAGCUGGAGCUGCUGCGGCAGGUUUACUACGGAGGUGUGGAACACGAGAUCCGAAAGGAUGUCUGGCCCUUCCUGCUCAGCCACUACAAGUUUGGCAUGAGCAAGAAGGAGAUGGAACAGGUGGACACAGCUGUGGCGGCAAGGUACCAGCAGGUGCUGGCGGAGUGGAAGGCUUGUGAGGUGGUGGUGAGGCAGCGGGAGCGGGAGGCUCACCCAGCCAUGCUCACCAAGUUCUCCUCGGGCAGCAGCAUUGACAGCCACGUGCAGCGCCUUAUCCACCGAGAUUCGACCAUCAGCAAUGAUGUGUUCAUCUCUGUGGAUGAUCUGGAGCCUCCAGGCCCCCAGGGCCCUGAAGAUUCUAGACCAAAGCCCGAGCUGGAAGCAGGAGCUGGGAUUCCAGGCACAGCAGUGGUGGAACAGCAGCUGUCUGUAGAGUUUGACUCUCCAGACUCAGGGUUGCCUUCCUCCCGAAAUUACUCGGUGGCCUCUGGCAUCCAGUCUAGUCUGGAUGAGGGCCAGGGUGUGGGCUUUGAAGAGGAUGGAGGUGGAGAAGGCGCUAACAGGCCAGACCCUGCAGGCCACCCUUUCUUGGAGCCAGAGGAGCUCAGCCAGGAGAAGGCUUCCAGAGCCAGUGAGAUGGAGGCAGGAGAAGAGCUGGAGGCUGUGUGUGCUACGGCCUACACUAUAGAAUUACUGGACACCGUGGCCUUAAAUCUGCACCGCAUAGACAAGGACGUACAGAGAUGUGACCGCAACUACUGGUACUUCACUCCCUCCAACCUGGAGAGGCUCAGAGACAUCAUGUGCAGCUACGUGUGGGAGCACCUGGAUGUGGGCUAUGUGCAGGGCAUGUGCGAUCUGCUGGCACCUCUCCUGGUCAUCCUCGACAAUGAUCAGCUGGCCUACAGCUGCUUCAGCCACCUCAUGAAGAGGAUGAGCCAGAACUUCCCUAACGGGGGUGCCAUGGACUCCCACUUUGCCAACAUGCGGUCUCUCAUCCAGAUUCUGGACUCAGAGCUAUUUGAGCUGAUGCAUCAGAAUGGAGACUACACCCACUUCUACUUCUGUUACCGCUGGUUCCUGCUGGAUUUUAAAAGAGAGCUGCUGUAUGAGGACGUGUUUGCCGUGUGGGAGGUGAUCUGGGCAGCAAGGCACAUCUCAUCAGAGCACUUUGUCCUGUUUAUCGCCCUGGCUCUGGUGGAGGCCUACCGAGAGAUUAUCCGCGACAACAACAUGGACUUCACCGACAUCAUCAAGUUCUUCAAUGAGCGGGCAGAGCAUCAUGACGCCCAGGAGAUCCUGCGGAUUGCCCGGGACCUUGUCCACAAGGUGCAGAUGCUCAUAGAGAACAAGUGAGGGCUGUACCUGGGGCAGCAGCAUGGACAACCCAAGCACCAGGCCCCUGAGUAUCAACAGACAAAGGACGGGCAAAUGCAGCUCGGAUGGUCCUAACUCCCCCUGCCGCCCCUGCCAGCCUAGCUGUGUUCCUAACAAAGUGAUGUGAGCCUGGCGUCUGACUGAGGGCAGUGUUGGCCCUGUAGGGCAAGUUGGGCCAGGAUACCCUCAGACCAGGACUGGGAUGGGAGGAGUUGGCCUCAGGGAGCAGCUGCCUUGGGGGACAACUACUCUGUCCUCUCAAAACAACUGGGAAUAGCCCCCCACUGCCACCUGCAGCCUCAGCCUGGACUGUUCCCCAGUACCCAUCUCUAGUCAAUCUGUAGGGCUAGCAGGGGGUGGGAGGAAGGCUCUAGUGGCAUGAGCACCACUUAGAAAGAGUUGUAGGGGGUAAGGGGACCUGUGCUAUAUCUCUCCUGAGAGUCCCUUUGCAGUCCCAACGGGACAGUUACAACUGUCCUAUCAGGCAUGUGAUCUGGGCCCUCUCCCUGAGACUUGGGCAGUCAGAGAUGAGCCCCGGGUGGGAGCACCCCACCUCAGCAGCACUGCCACUGCCUCUGGCCACCUGAGGCGACCCUGUCCACUCCCCACCGCUGUGCAGUACUCCCACAUGGGUCUGUACAGUGUUGCCUUGCCACCCUGCCCUCGCUUUAUGCACUAGAUCCACCCCUAAGACUGCAUAAGUCACAUUCUUGCCAGUUGGAUGAUCUGGAAUGUAGUAGGAACACUUGCUCUCCGAGGUAGCCCAGGGUGAUUCUGUUGGGAUGCACUUGGUUGCUUGCCCAGGCAUUGGCUGAGUUCUUGGGGCUGAGGGGCUCGGGGUUACCUGGGUUCAUUUGUCCCUGGGGAGAAGCAAAGCCAACUCUGCCUUCCACAUGCAUCUCAGGAUGCCAGAAGACCCAGGCACCCAGAAACUGUAUUCAUAGGUGUACCAGAAAGGGCCCUGUCCUUGACUUGAGGCCUAGGCAUGCUGCUUGCUCUGUUGGCUCCAUACCCCCCACCACCCAAACAUGUGCAAGCUAGGCCUGGCUCUGGAGCCUGGAGGCCACACAUCUGGCUCUUGCUUGGCAGUCACCAAAAUCUGCAGACUUCCUGCAUCUGAGAACCAUGAGAGCGCGCCAGCAGCCUCCACACCUAGCACACCUUCCCCGACCUGCUCCUGCCCCUCCCCCCCCCCCCCCCCGCACUUCACCACCACCCCUCCCCCCACCUACCCCUGCUGCCCAUGUGUCCUCGGCCUCCAAGCACGAGUGGCAAAUGUGUGCCUGCCUUAGUGACUAAGUGGUUUUGUGAGGAACAGACUGUGUGUGUGUGUGUGUGUAUUUUGGCUCAGAAACUAUACUCUUCAGUGUAAUAGACCAAUAAACAGCAUUUGGCAAUG